GAGCGAGCAAGCGCGACAGAGCUGUUAGCGAAGGUGAGCGACAAAAAAAAAAAAAGACGGAGUGAGUGAAGAAAGUGGAGGAAAGAAAAAGCAAUAUUUUCAAUUUGUACUGUCUCUUACGCGGAUUUUUAGAACACGGUCCGCUCCAUUACGGACUAGAAGAUAUAGAACUUUUGUUUUAGAAUUUGCGAGAUUGUAUUUCUUUUUUGCAAUUUGUUUAUUUUCAGUUGUGUGUGUGUGUGUGUGUAUUUUUUUAAUCUACAGUAAGCGUUCCAAUAGCACUUGCCAGUAUACCUGCGUUUCUCAACAGGAAUUUCAUUCAUCUUUGGCUCCAUGGACGCCCGUCUUUUCCUACUGAUUGGAUUUUUCGGGGAGUAUUUUUGUCCUCGCCGCGAGGAGUAUCAGCAUAAUUUAAUGACAAAUGUCAGCAAAUCAACGGACGUUUGAAAGAACAGAAGAAACGUAGCCUAUUCGAGCUUGAUGAGCUCUUGCUUUGCGUUAGCAACUUUGUUUAUCCAAGAGGCAAAGGAUAAACGAAGACGGGUGGAUUUAAAUACCAUUAAAGGUGGAACCACAUCACUUGAAGAAUGACAGUAUAGAGGCAUAUUUACUCCACACUGGACAAGAUAGCAAGAUAGUGACAAUAUUUUCUGCACGUUGACUAAGGGAUAAAGAACAACAUUUGAAGAAAAAACGUAUUUGUUUAUGUACAUUCGCAUUUGUACAAUAAGGGCAAUUCAAUUUUAUACUUCAAGCUCCACAGACUAACAGCAAUAAUUUGUUGCUUUAAGUAACUGACAACGUUACGGUAUUACGACAGCAACCCCGAGCACCACGACGCGUAACGACCAAAAACACAAUUUGUUAAUAGCCGACUGUUAAUAAUUUGGAAGGCCUAAGCGUUCAGCCUUCAGUGGUCGAAGCCCAAACGGCUGUCGGUAAUCGGUCUAACGAUGUCCAGGCCCCUCUCUCAGCUUUUACCGCCCGACCUACCGGCAGGGGCCAGUCCACAGUUCGGUCCGUCUAACCCCGCGGGUGCUACCCCGAACGGACACCUGAACUCCAUGGCAAGUCUGAAGUCCCUGUUACAGCUGCCAGUUAAAGGAGACCAGCGAGGGAAGGACUGCUGUGAGACGAAAGAGAAAGACAAGCCGUUGGACUCAGAUGAGGACUCGCUGGGAGGGACCAGCGGUUCGGUCCGUCCGUCCUCGCAGUCGGCGUUCCUGGGGCCGUUGCUAUGGGAACGCACGUUGCCGUGCGACGGCGGGCUGUUCCAGCUGCAGUACAUGGACCUGGAGGAGUUCCUGACGGAGAACGGCAUGGGCUGCAUGCACGCCGGCAACAGCUCCAGCGCCGCACAGGUCCCCUCCCAGAGCUCCCAGUCCGCCGUGCCCAGUCAAAGCUCGCAGUGCCCGCCUUCCUCGCCGCCGCCCUGCUCUUCCUCCUCUUCCUCCAUCUCCUCCUCUUCCUCAUCUUCAUCUCUGAUGGGACUGGACGUUCCACAGGGUCCUCAGGGACUGCUGGCAGGCCCACCUGAGUGUCUACACGGCGGUCAGGCCGUGCCUCCAGACCCCUCACCCAGCUCCUCCACCUGCCCUCCUCCGCCAGGACCUCCGGCCACCAAUGCGCCCGAUGUCAUGGUGAACUUUGACCCCGACCCCGCCGACCUGGCGCUGUCCAGUGUUCCGGGCCAGGAGGCCUUUGACCCACGGAGACACCGUUUUACCGACGAGGAGCUUAAACCUCAACCCAUGAUAAAGAAGGCCCGCAAGAUGAUGGUGCCCAGUGAACAGAAGGAUGAUAAGUACUGGAACCGCCGGCUGAAGAACAACGAGGCGGCGAAGCGUUCUCGAGACGCCCGGCGCCUGAAGGAGAACCAGAUCUCAGUACGCGCCGCUUUCCUGGAACGGGAGAAUGCCGCGCUCCGUCAGGAAGUGGCCGACAUGCGCAAGGAACUGGGCCGCUGCCGAAACAUCCUCAACAAAUACGAGAACCGACACGGAGAUUUGUGAACGGGGAGGAGGAGGAGAAGAGGAGGAGGAGGAGAAGAUAGAGAGGAAUGCAGAGGGAAGUGACGUAAACAACUUGACAUUUUAGACAACGUUUUUUCUGAGUCGUGUUCAUAAAGGCGCGUACAGGCAAUCCCGUGUUUUAGCCUUGCUGGUGUCACCUCUGUUAGAACUGGUUAUCACUCUUGACUGUUUGUCCCAUUAAUAAACACGGACUGUUAAAACCCAGAUCGCUGACGCAGCGGCUAAUAGUGAAUGGACCCAGGAUGUCAUUUCAGAUGAGCUGCAGUCUAAUGUAGCCUUUAUGAACACAGAGACAGAGUCUACAGGAGAACAGGGGACUUUACAGAAAACAUGUCCAGAGAAGACAUAGGUGUAAUUUCUUUUUUCUAAGAGAAAAAAAAAUGUAUAUUUUUAAACUGGAUAGGGCCUGAGGAGAUCUAGUAAUGGAGUAAAGGUGAACAGGAGGAGAGGGAGGAAGGUGGUGAGAUUUUGCCAUAGGAAAACUGUAUAUUUUUAUACUUGCAGCAUCACACAGGCAAAGAGAU